GAGCGCCGCGAAGAGGUCCGGGGGUGCAGGAACGGGAGGAAGGAUGCCCGAGCGUGCUCCCAGGAUCCGAAGCGAAGUGACUCUGUAUUGCAUAGGAAUAUGACCCUUCCGAACUCAAGGGCUUAUCCUGGUAUUCAGAACAGACCUGAGGCCUUGGAACAUAAGACGAGUCCUGAAGUUGGGUUGGGCCAAAGGCCUAUGCAGUUUUCCAGGAUGCCUGUUUGGGCCUGAACUAGGACCGAUUCCGUGCUUCGGGUGCAGCUGUGCUUUGACAGGGGCCAGACUCCUGCCACUGUUCCUGCCUCCCACUUAGGGGGUGUAACUGGUUCCCGAUGGCCUCUCAGGUGACCCCCAAGGACUCGUUCCAUUGUGUGGGGAUCAUCUUCUUCCUCCUUGGCCUGGGAACGCUCCUGCCCUGGAACUUCUUCAUCACGGCCAUACCGUAUUUUCAGUCUCGGCUCGUUGUGGGGAACUGCUCAGCUGGCAAGGAGGAGGAUGGGAACUGGACAGGCCUGGGACUUGAACCCUCAUCCCACUGCAGUGACGACUUUAACUUCAGCAACUGGCUGGCUCUUCUUUCCCAGCUGCCUCUGCUCCUCUUCACCCUUCUCAACUCCCUCCUCUACCAAUGCAUUCCGGACAAAGUGCGAAUCCUGAGCAGCCUGAUCGGGAUCCUGCUCCUCUUUGUGCUGACGGCCGUCUUGGUCAGGGUGGAGAUGCCGGCCCAGAGUUUCUUCUCCAUCACCAUGGCAAGCGUCUGGUUCAUUAACUCCUUCUGCGCCGUCUUGCAAGGCAGCCUCUUUGGGCAACUGGGAUCCUUCCCUCAAAGCUACAGCACUCUCUUCCUGAGUGGCCAAGGAAUGGCGGGGACCUUCGCAGCCACCGCCAUGUUGCUCUCCAUGGCCAGUGGCGUGGAUGCUCAGACCUCUGCUUUGAGCUAUUUUGUCACCCCCUGUGUUGGGACCCUGAUCUCAAUCAUCUGCUAUAUCUUGCUGCCCCACAAGGAUUUUGCUCGCCACCACCUGCACAAGAGAGCCCCGGAAGAGCCAGGCUAUGAGCUGGAGACCAAGGCGGGGCUUCUUUCCCCUGAGGAUGGCCUUGGCCCUGUGCCGGGUGCCACCGAAGGAGGAGAGCCGCUGAGCUUGAGCAAUGGGAUUGCCAUCGCCCUGGAGCAAGAAGACUCAAAAUGCCCCCUGGAGAUUAUGAACGGGAGCAAUGGGGCAGGCCUGCCUCCGCCGAAACCGUCAGUCCUAGGUGUGCUCAGGAAGAUUUGGCAGAUGGCCCUCUGCAUUGUUAUGGUCUUCUCCAUCACUCUGUCUGUGUUUCCCGCCAUCACUGCCAGCGUCGCCAGCACGUCAGAGAACGAAACCUGGAGGAAGUUCUUCACUCCUGUCUGCUGUUUUCUUCUGUUCAAUGUCAUGGACUGGCUGGGCCGCAGCGCUACCUCCUAUUUCCUCUGGCCAGAGAAGCAUCUUCGCCUGCUCCCUGCGGUGGUGGGGCUCCGCCUGCUGCUCGUCCCACUCCUGCUUCUGUGCAAUGUCCCCCAGCGGGAAUACCUGCCCAUGCUCUUCCACCAGGAUGCCUGGUUCGUCCUCUUCAUGGUCGUCUUCUCCCUCUCCAAUGGCUACUUCGUCUCCCUCACCAUGUGCCUGGCGCCAAAACAGGUGCAACCACAUGAGAGCGAAUUGGCAGGAGCCAUCAUGACGUUUUUCCUGGCGCUGGGUCUCUCUUGUGGAGCUGGGCUGUCCUUCAUCCUCAAGGCCUUGCUCUGAUGUCCAGGACUUGCUGGACCUCGGCAA